UUGAGUUCCUACAUACAUUACCCUGUUUCCUACUUCACUAGCCUCAGAUUACCUCUCUUCCUCUUUUCAUGGAGUUUGCCAGCAGCAUUGCAGAGAACGUCUUGGAUAGACUAGCUUCACAUGCUUCCCAAGAGAUCUCCUUGGCAUGGAGUGCCCAACUUGAGCUCACCAAGCUCGACAACACCUUAUCUACCAUCAAAUUAGUGCUCGAGGAUGCAGAGAAGAAGCAAGUGAGGACUUCCCUAAUCACUCGUUGGUUGGGAAAGCUCAAAGAUGUUUGUCAUGACGUUGAUGAUGUCUUGGACGAACUGGACUUCCAAAAGUUGCGGCUAAAAGUGGAGGUUGGCAACUGUGGGAAGAUCAAAGGAAAGGUACGCCAAUUUUUUUCCCGUUGGAAUCCAGUAGUGUUUAACUUCAGAAUGGGACAUAAAGUGAAAGAGAUCAGAGAAAGACUGGUUGAAAUUGAUAAUGAAAAGAGACAAUUUGGUCUCCUUAAGUUUGCUAAGAUAGUUGAGGGUCCUUGUGUGCUCCAAGGGAUGCACGAUGAUAAAAGAGAGACUGACUCUUUCGUGGAGGCUUCAGAUGUUAUUGGAAGAGAUGAUGAUAAAAAACAGAUUAUUAGUCAUCUCUUAAAUAACACUGAUAUCUCUAGUGGGGAGAAUGUUUCUGUUAUUUCCAUCCUUGGGUUAGGAGGGUUGGGAAAGACAACUCUCGCUAAAUUGGUGUAUAAUGAUAGCAUGUUGGAGGAGAAAUUUGAGAUGAAAAUGUGGAUAUGCGUCUCAGACAACUUUGAUAUCCAAACAUUAAUUCGUGGCAUUAUCAAUGCUGCAAUUAAACAAAAAUGUGAGGAUGAAAGUUUGGACCUUAUGAAAAGAAGAUUGCAAGAUACUUUGCGAGGUAGAAAGUUUUUGUUAGUGUUGGAUGAUGUCUGGGAUAGGGAGCUGAUUGGAGUAACGAUUGAAAAAUGGAAUGAUCUAAAAGGCUUGUUAAAUGUGGGAGCUAAUGGAAGUAAAAUCAUCAUAACAACACGAAAUAGAUCAGUUGCUUCACUAGUGAAUCCCUUGUACAUGCAUUCUUUAGAAGGUCUUCCUCACCAAGACUGCAUGUCCUUGUUUAUCAAAAGGGCAUUUAAGAAAGGAGAGGAGCAGCACUAUCAACAUUUGCUAAAAAUUGGAGAAGAUAUUGUGAAGAAGUGUGGAGGAGUUCCUUUAGCAGUUGCUACUGUUGGGAGCAUGCUUUAUUUGAAUACAGAUGAACGCCAAUGGUCUGGUGUCAGAGAUGAUGACAUGUGGAGUAUAGGGAAUGACAAUAUUCUACCUGCACUAAGAUUGAGCUAUGAUGCAUUGCAACAACACUUGAAACCAUGUUUUGCCUUUUGUUCACUUUUCCCAAAGGAUUAUGAAUUCAAUAGUGGAGUGUUGGUUCCAUUGUGGAUGGCACAAGGCUACCUCAAGACAUCUAAGAAAAAUGAAGAUUUUGAACAGAUGGUUGUAGACUAUAUAAGGGAGUUUUGCUCUAGAUCUUUGUUUCAAGUCGAGAAAGAUGUCAAAACAGUCAUAAGUUUUAAAAUACAUGAUUUAGUUCAUGAUUUAGCAAUUUCAGUGGCACAAGUAGAGUACUCCACAGUCAAUUGUCGUCCCUCUAGUGCUUUGGAAAUGGUUCGACAUGUGUCAAUAUCCAAAAAAGACUUGCUUGGAGAAGAGGCACAAGUUCCUGAUUUCAUGCUCAAAUCAAAGAAAUUGCGAACAAUUCUAAUUCCUGAAGAUGGCCAGAUGAGUCAAUGUUUUGUAAAGACAUGCAUCUUGAGAUUCAAAUAUAUGCGGGUGCUAGAUCUCAGUGGGUCGCCUCUUGAGGAGCUACCAAGUUCCAUUGGUAGUUUGUUUCAUUUGAGAUUCCUCGACUUGUCUUCUAAUGGGAAGAUAAAAAGGCUUCCUAAUUCCAUCAGUAAGCUGCUGAAUUUGGAGAGCUUGUACCUUGGGAAUUGCGACGCACUUGAGGAGAUACCCAAAGACAUAGGGAACUUGAUCAACCUACGAAGCUUGACGAUAACAACACAGCAGACGUAUUUGCCAAAAGGAAUUAGGCACCUCACCUUACUUCAAUAUUUAUAUUUUGAGGGAUGUGUCAAUCUUAAAUCUUUGGGCGAAGAGAUCCAAUUCCUCAACAACCUUCGUAAACUGGUGAUUAGCAGUUGUAAUAAUUUGGAAUGCUUGCCACCAAAUAUGAAACACAUGACCGCUUUGGAUACUUUGGUUAUCGAUGGUUGCGAGAAGCUUCAGGUGACGAUGAGAUCAGGGGAAGGUCCUCAACGUCUUCGAUCAUUGGGUAUCGGGAAUUCAAGUUUGGAGGCUUUGCCCCCUUGGCUCAUUGAACAUUCUGUAGACACUCUACAGAGCAUAUAUCUUUCUGAAUGUCAUAAUCUCACGGCACUUCCGGAGUUGAUAAACUUCAGAUUCCUCGAGCAACUACACAUUGAAAAAUGCUCCAAAUUGUCGGCUUUGCUGCCGCAAGGGUUGCAUUGCCUUACUGAGUUGAGAGAACUGAACAUUGAAGAGUGUCCUGAAUUGAGCAAAAGCUGCAAAAGGCAAUUAAAAGGUGAGGAGUGGUCAAAGAUGGCACGUCAAAGAGAUUUGAAGAUUACACUCGACGCUGAUGAUGAAGAUUUGUGUGCUGAUUGAUGUAAUUGCUUGGUGAUGUUGUUGCUCUGUUCAGUUUCUCAUGAAAUCUUUCCUGCAUUUGAAAAUUGGGUGAGGUUUAUGGUGUUAGGACUACAAUACGGCUUGGUGACAAUUACGGCUUCUAAUGUUCUAAUGUGUGUGGUACUGUUAGGACUACAAUAUAUCAGCAGAACCUUAGAUCACCACAUUGUUUGUUUGCUUUAGUAUCUUCUUGUUUAAUGGCUACUUCUUUCCUUGAAUCAACUGUAACUUUCAGAAGAAAUUAAUACAAAAUUUUCCCUUAAGAAAUACAGGACUUAUCUCUACCUCACCAGUUCGGCAAGGUCAGAGGAAGAAGAGGGUUGCUAGCUACAAGGUGUACACUGUGGAGGGAAGCUGAAAGCACUCUCAGGAACAGCUAAUAUGGACUGCUUUUAAGGAGGAGAUGGAGGUGUCAGAGAAGCUGGAGAGGGUGCAAAAGGCGUUGGAGAGUGCUGUGGAGGAUAUGGACUUGAUGGGGAGGCUGUUGGAUGAGCUUGAUAAGCUUCAGAAUCAGGCGCAGGAGUGUGACUUGAGUAUGGUGGAUGCAAAGAUUAGUAAGUUGAUGCCGGAACUUGGGUUUGCGCCCGAGGAUGGGGAUAGGUUGGUGGCUUCGUUUAGUAGUGGUUGGCAGAUGAGGAUGCACUUGGGAAGAUUUUUCUUCAGGACCCUGAUUUACUACUGCUGGACGAGCCUACAGAUCACCUUGACCUUGACACAAUCGAGUAGCUCGAAGAUUAUCUCAAUCAGCAGGAUGUGCCAAUGGUUAUCAUAUCUCAUGACCAAGCUUUUCUUGAUCAGUUGUGUACAAAAAUAGUGGAAACUCAUAUGGGUGUCUCCAGGACGUAUGAGGGAAAUUAUUCUGAGUAUUAUAUUGCAAAGGUAGCAUGGAUUGAAAGUCAAAAUGCUGCUUGGGAGAAGCAGCAGAAGGAAAUUGAGCACACACAAGACUUGAUACACAGGUUGGGCGCUGGAGCAAAUUCUGGCGGUGUGUCUUCUGCUGGAAAGAACUGAAGCUGGAGAAACCUCAGGAAGAGGAUCUUGUUGAAAGGCCAUUCCAGAGGAAACAGAUGAGGAUUUCCUGAACGGGGAAGAAGUGGAAGAUUUGUUGCAACACUUAAGAAUCUGGAAGCUGGCUUUGGAGAUA